AUGGUUCGCCCUUUGUUGAUUUCACGACUUUUACACGUUCUUCACAGAACGGUAAGAUUUCUGUUUCUCAGCUGUCUUGCUUCAGAAGUUUGCUGUGCUGCAUUAUGGCCGUCAGGAAUGUAUGGACUACCCAUGCCAAAAAGUGGCUGUCCAGGGGCAAAUGGAUUUCAAUGGCAAACAGGAUACAUCUACCAGGAUCUCGAGGACGAGGAUAGUGUUACUACUGUCUCACCGAACUCUCAGCUCAAAGGCAAGGUCUCGGGUGAUGUCGAACAGUUUUUCUGUAUAAAGGACAACAUAACAGCAAUAGUGGAGAGAAAUCGACCCCGAUGGCCUGCCGGGGAAUACUGCAUCUAUCAGAAAGGCUCUGAUUGUCCAGAUGGACUGCAAAGUGGGUGGAUGUUUUGGGAUGACGAAGAUGGUGCUGACGGAACAAACAAAAACGCCCAUGCCGGCGUUCUUCCAAAAGGAGUAUUUGAUGAUAACACAAAAAUAUUCUUUUGCUGUAAGAACACCGUUGACGGAUAUAAAGAGCCAAUAGAUCUUCCUUUUACGUCUCCCUUUUACUUGAUGGCGUUUAGACCACACUGCCAAGAAGUUCUGUACACCAUACAUAAGAUGGAAUACAUUGCAUAUGACACAGAAGAUGAUCGUAAUAUAGACGCGAAAUCGUUCCCAUAUCCAUAUGGAGCCGACUUCUCCCCGCCAAGAAUACAUUACUGUUACUAUAGAGGUAACAGGCUCACUUAUCUUCAAGUUCUUGUUUGUAGCAACUAG